AUGCGGUUCCCGAUAGUUCUUCCCCGGGAGCAUGAUGUCACAUCGUUGCUCUUGCAGUUCUACCACAAACAAUUCGGCCAUGCUAACGGUGAAACGGUCGUCAACGAAGUUCGGCAACAGUUCUACGUUCCCCACUUGAGAGCAGCAGUGAAACAGAUAGAAAAGAACUGCGGAUGGUGCAAAGUAAAGAAGUGUCUGCCGAGACAGCCGAAGAUGGGUCCCCUACCUGAUCAACGACUCACUCCUGGGCUGCGUCCAUUUAGUUUCGUCGGCAUAGACUAUUUCGGCCCAAUCAUGGUCACUGUUGGGAGGCGAUCGGAGAAACGAUGGGUAGCGCUGAUGACGUGUUUGACAACAAGAGCCGUGCACAUGGAGGUGGUCCAUAGUCUGAGCAGCCAAUCUUGCAUCAUGGCCAUCGAGAGGUUCACCGGCAUCCGAGGCACCCCCUUAGAGUUCUUCUCGGACAAUGGGACCAAUUUCCAGGCUGUGAGCAAGGAGUACGGAAAGCUGGGACUACAAAUCGAUACCGCUUGUGCUGAUAGGUUUACUCGAGCUCGCACACGCUGGAACUUCAAUCCUCCCUCAGCCCCUCAUAUGGGAGGGAUCUGGGAGAGGCUCGUGAGAUCAACCAAGGAGGCGAUGAAGGCUCUGGACGACGGCCGACGACUAACCGACGAAGUGUUGCUGACCGUGUUGGCCAAAGCUGCGGAAAUGAUCAACUGUAGACCGCUGACGUACAUUCCCCAAGAGUCAUCGGAGGUGGAAGCUUUGACACCAAAUCACUUCCUCCGAGGUUUUCCAUCCGGGGAACAUCAUCAGGUGGAGGAAACGGCCAAUCCUUCUGAAGCUUUGCGGGACCAGUAUAAACGAGCACUUCAGCUAGCGGACAUCCUGUGGCAACGUUGGGUCAAAGAAUACGUGCCCUGUAUCGAUCAACCAACGAAGUGGCACGCCGACUGCCAACCGGUAGCCGAAGGAGACCUGGUGUACAUAGCCGAUGGUAACAGCCGGAAGACCUGGAUGCGAGGCGUGGUCCAGCAGAUCAUCCCUGGACGAGACGGAGUGAUUCGCAGAGCUGUGGUGCGUUUGGCGGAUGGGAAGGAGCUGCGUCGUCCUGUGAACAAGCUUGCGGUGUUGGAGAUUGGUCGUAAAUCCAGUCAGGUGAAGGACCCUGCACUAGAGUUACGGGCGGGGGCGAUGUUGGCACCGCUGGCACCUUUGGACCGAGCAGCGACGCCGCCGAACCAGUGA